AUAGUAGGAAAUAAUAAUAAUUCCUUUAAUUUUUAUACAAUGAAAAUAUUCACACGUAGUAUUAUUACAUCACUCUUUCUUCUUAUAAACUUAAUAAUUUGGAAUUUACUACUAACAAGUAGUUGGAAAAUGUCAUUUAAACAUAUUAGUACAUUUAUGACACUGAUCUACGUUCAUGGCGGUGAUGAUGCACGUCUGAAUCAUUAUGAUGCUAUGAGAUUUUGUCAACAAUUGCCUAAAAAUAUUCAUCUUCUCAAUGAAAAAUUAAUCAAGAAUGCUACAGCGCAUAAUGUUUCAUUGAAAGAUUAUAUGAAUACAACAUUGAAUAAUAAAGUUAAUCAUAGUGUUGAUAAUCAAUGGGAAAAUUAUAUUCUACACGGUGAUUUAGUCUCUAUUCAUAGUUCAACUAUGAUACAUGUUAUUAUGGGUUGGAUUUUAUCUGUAGAACCAAGACAAUUUUGGAUUGGUGGUUUAAUUAAAUUAAUUGUACAUGAAUUCAAUGGUGAACAUAGACAUUUAAUACAAACAUGGACAGAUCGUACACCUGUGACUGUACGAUUUCUGCAUCAUCAUAGUCCGGUGUUAGAGCGGCUACAACCGAAUGAAAUUGCUUGUUUAUCGAUUGAUUAUGCCAGUGGUAAAUGGGGUGUGCAUUAUUGCACUGAAACUAAAUAUUUUGUAUGUGAAUUAUUAAGAUUACCAAAUAGACGAGUGAUAAUUACUGGAAAACAAAUCAAUGCACACAUCAAUGCUACUACUACUACUAUCGUGUUACACCGUAAUCAUACUACAACUAAUACAACUUCACCAACAGUCUUAAUUAUUCAAUUCCCUAUGCAUCAUCACUUGAAUAAUAAUAUUAAUAAUAAUAUGACAGUUAUUAAUAAAAAUAUCACCAAUUCAACAAUGGUGAAUAUGAUCACCACACCAAGUACUAAUCUGUUGAAUACAACAAAUCAAACAACCGCAAAAAUAGUGUAAAGAAUAUAAACUCUACAAUAUGCUGAAAUUAAAAAUAAAAAAGGUUUGUCUGCCAUGUUACGUGUUAUUGAUUAAUUUUUGAAAAAAUAAAUCGAAUAUUUAUUGAAUUAUC